UCCCGUACAUCGCUUCUUACCGCUGACCGUUGCACGUGGUGAAAGAAACAAAUAUGGCGGACGUUGGCACAAUUUGCUUAUGAGGGUUUUUCUCCUUUCUUAGUAAUAAAAAUGGGCAAGCAUAGAGACAGGAAAGGAAAUAAUAGGAUAAGAAGUGGUAACGCGAAGAGAAGAAAUUCACAAAGAAGACAACUGGGGUCAGAAUUCAUAACUGCUUCUCGUAGCUGUUCACAACAGUUCAGUCUGGAAAACGAAAAAGAAGAUUACGAAUUUUACCAGAACGUGGAUCGAAGUCUUGAGUUUUUAACAAAUCUUGAUGACGAUGCUAGCACGAAUGGAAAACUGGGCAAGAAAAGGAAACAUACUCAUAACAUUGAGGCUGAUUAUGAGAAAGUCCCUCGAAUGUCAACAAAUGAUAGUUCCCAAGAGAUGGUGCCGUCUCUCUUGCCCUUCAAAGGCAAACAUGGUUUGAUUCAAAGAGCUCCAUUUAAUGGUGAAAAUAAACGUCAAGCUCUGCCAACAGACACUGAUAGUGAAGAGAAAGCAGCUGAUGCGGCACCCUCCCCUCCCCCACAGCUCAGUGUUGUUGAUUUAUUUGCAAGAAGACAACUGAAACUUAUGGAGAAAAAGUCAUUGAUUGCUGAGCUGAGUAGCAAGAUUAUGGAGAACCCUGAAGAAAAUAUUGCAAUGUUAAAGCAGUUGUGCUUACUAUGUGAAGAAAAGGAUGUUGAUGUUAGAAUCACCACCAGAAAAUUCGCAAUUAUUUCCAUGCUAGAAGUUAUCAAAGACAUUGCUCCAGGUUAUCCCCUGCGAUCACUAUCAGAGAAAGAAAAGGAGGUCAAGGUGUCUAAAGAAGUCCGCAAGCUAAGAGACUUUGAGGAGGGUGUCCUUACUUCAUACCAGAGAUAUCUACAGAUUCUUGAGGCCAGUGCUCAAGGAAAGGGAGUCCAAAAGUUUAUUCAAGUCAAUGGAUCUUCCCAAAAAGACCCUUUAGAGGGUCUACAAUUAAUUGCAGUACAAUGCCAAUGCGAUUUACUGAUCUCCCUUCAACACUUCAACUACCAUAAUAAUCUGAUUGCUGUGAUGGUACCUCGCAUGGAUGAUGACUCUCACAACGGACAGAUCUCUGCAAUGUGCUGUGAUGCAUUUCACAAGCUAUUCCAAGGAGAUGUGUCAGGGAAUGUCUCAUUAGAGGCAGUAAAGAUGAUUACAAAAUAUGUGAAGGUCAAGGGGCAUAGAGUCAAACCAGCGGUUUUACAAGUUUUGCUAUCUUUACGAAUAAAUGAGAUGGAUGUUUUGUCAUUGCGUGAUGACAACAACAACUUGAGACAAGCAAAAGUGAAAGGGCAGAACAAAAGAGAAAAGAUGGCAAAAGGGACGCUAUCAAAGAGAGACAGAAAGAGACAGAAAGAAAUGAAGAAGUUGGAAAAGGAGUUACAAGAAACAGAAGCUGUUGAAAGUGGUGAUAAAAGAGCAAGAACGCAUUCUGAGCUGCUCAAGUUUGUCUUUCUGACAUAUUUCCGUGUGCUGAAGAGCAACAGUCACGCACCCCUCCUCUCUCCUGCACUCGAGGGUCUGGCAAAAUACGCUCAUCUCAUCAACAUAGACUUCUUUGCGGAUCUCAUGACAGCUUUGAAUAAUAUUGUGGUCCAUAAGGACCUGCCACUGAGGGAGACACUUAAUUGUGUAUUGACAGCAUUCAAGAUCCUAUCCGGCCAAGGAGAGGCGCUCAACAUCGACCCUCGGAGCUUCUACUGUACAUUAUAUCAUAACCUGCUUCUUCUUCAUUCUGGUGCCAGUAAUGAUGACGUUGAGAUUGCUCUUAAAUGUCUAGAUGUGAUGUUACACAAGAGACGAAAACAGGUUCCUCUGCAAAGAGUGAGUGCAUUCAUCAAACGCCUGUCUACCGUGGCCUUAAACGUGAUGCCCAACAGUUCCCUAGCCCUUCUUGCAUUCGUCCGCUCCUUUCUACAGUUGUUCCCAAGAACUCAAGCAUUGCUUGAGAGCGAGACACUGGGAAAGGGUGUGUUCCGACCAGAAAUAGAAGACCCGGAAGUCAGUAAUACAGAGAGCACGGCCUGCUGGGAGCUGCCCUACUUGGCCUCACAACACUACCAUCCGGCAGUCAGAUCGCACGCCUGUCACGUGAUGACUGAAGCAAGCGGGCCUGGGGCCAAGUUUGCUCGAACUCGCCCCGACGAGUUUUACAGAAAAUACGACUCAUCAACCCUGGUCCUUAAUCCCGACUUGGACAAAGCUACCGUUAUGGGCAAAGCACCCAGCAAACUGAGGUACACAGCUGUGCUAGAUGACAUUAGCCUCACUAGCAUCCCGCUUUUGGCUGACUCUAUAACAAAGACACUUGUGAAGGAGAAGGACAAGGUAGUUCGCUUUACUCUACCGUUCACAUCAAGACAAUAAGAUGACGCUAAAGAACCUUAUCAUUACCCCCCUCCCCCUAUAGAUAUAAUAUUGUGAAAACUUAUAAUCCGUAAAUCUCGCACGUCUCCCUCGCCAAUAAAGAAUAAUCUUAAAACCUCGUCAGCAAAUAUUUGGAAAUUGUUUAACCACGGGAAUUAGGAUACUUUGUCAGCGAUUUCUUUAUAAUAUAAACAAAAAUGAAUCCCCAAUUUAUGUUGAAUAUUGAAAUCAGCGAAUAAAGUAUUUCUAACCUUA